CAAUUGCUCCACUCGAGGAAUUAAGAGCUCCAGUCAAAAAGGAUUAAAAGGAAAAUAUAGUUCAGCAAUGCCGCCACCACAUCACGACGAUCGUCUCUUUGGCAUCCAUUUGGGCCUGCAUUUGGGACACCAUCAUCAUCACCAUGGACACCAUGGCCACCACGGACCACCGCCGCCGCCCCAUCACCAUCAUCAUCAUCAUGGACCACCGCCGCCACCGCAUUACGAUCAUCAUCACCAUCACCAUCAUCACGGCCCACCGCCGCACCAUGGACACCAUGAUUACCACCACGGACAUGUUGACCACCAUCACCACCACCAUGGACCCCCACAUCAUCACUGCUAAGUGUCAAAA